AGCGCUGAGAAGCGCACAAAGUGCACAAAAGCGAGAAGCGCUGAAGCACGGGCUUUUAGUAUGUUAGGGUUAGGUUUUUAAAUUUUAAAAAAACUAGGUUUUAUUUCAUUAAAACAAAAGCUUGCCUCCAGCCGUCUUCUCCCAUCCCUCUCGCGACCUUAACCUCUUCUGCCCACCAUCCGGCGCCGCCUGCCGUCGCGCGCCGCCUCCAGCCCGCCGCCGUCGUCGCCAGCUGUCCGCCGCCGCCGCCGGUCAUCGUCCAAAGGUAAAGUUUCCAGUUUUCCUUCAUUUUUUUGUUCGGUUUUUUCAAGUUUGUUUUUACUGUCAGUUUUUUUUUUUGUUUUUGGGUCAUUGUUUAAAGUUUCCGGUUUUUCCUUUUGUUGUUCAGUUUUUUAAUUUCAUUUUUGGGUAGCUGAAUUUUUUAAAAUGAAUAUUCAUUGUCCAGUUUUCUGUUUUUUUUAAAUAAAUUCUGAUUUUUUUUAUUUUUUUUUCAGUUUUUUAAUGACUUCAAAUAGUUCACAAGUAGCAUCAUCAACGGAUGGAGAUGAUCCAGCUAAAAGAUAUGGGACGCCCAAUCCUUUGAAUAAAAGUAAUUGGACGUGUAAUUUUUGUUCUAAAAGUACGAAUGGAGGAGCGUAUAGAAUGAAACAACAUUUAGUUGGAGGUUUUAGGAGUGUUAAAAAAUGUCCUAAGGCUCCCGAGCAUGUAAGAGAGGAAGUUAGGACUUAUAUGAUUAACAAAGCAACUUGUAAGGUGACUAAUAGUUUUCAAAGAUGGGAGCCUCAAGGUGAGGAAGAAGAGGAAGAGAUGGAAGUAUUGGGUAGCUCGUCACACACCGUCACGAGUAAAGUAGCACCGGCUCCUAAGAGGAUGAAGGGUCCUUUAGAUGUGUUACUUGCCCCUAAGAAACCUAACCCUCAAUCUCAAGAAAUAUUGAAGGGUAGGAAAGAAAGAAAGGGGAUUUUUGGUGCUUGUGACAAAGUUUGUAGGGAAAAAGCUUGUGAAGCAAUUGCAAGGAAGUGGAUGAGGUGGACACCAAAAUGUUGGAGUUCAAGAAAGAAUGGGCAAUAAAGGGUUGUUCUAUUUUAUCCGAUGGAUGGCGUGAUUCGGUGGUGCAAAAAGAUAUUGUCAACU